AUGGCGGCAGCUCUCCUUUCCCACACGGCCUCCGUGCCGUUAACCGUCGCAUGCGCGAAAUCGACCCCAACUCCUCGCCAGCGCCUGCAGUCGAACUUCGCGGGGUCCAGCCUCCGCCUCCCCGCGCGCCUCCCCCAACUCCGCGCGCGGAAACCGGCGGGAAUCUUCGCCGUGAUCGAGAUCGAACAAGAGGACAUCCUCACCACGCCGCACCAGCCGCCCAAGACGAUCCUGGAGAAACUCGAGGAAAUGGAUGACGUGGGCGUGCCGCACAAGGUCUGGCUGUCUGACGUGGUGACCGUGAAGAAGCGCCCCUAUUUCUUCAACCGCGAGUGGCUACCCAAGGAUAUCGGAUACGCCGCGUUUCUCGGCAGCAUCCACUUGCUCGCCCUCGCCGCGCCCUUCACCUUCUCGUGGGAGGCGUUCGAGUGCUUCGUCGCCAUGUACGUCAUCACAGGUAUGUUCGGCAUCACGCUGUCGUUCCAUCGCCAUCUGACUCACCACAGCUUCAUACUGCCCAAGUGGCUUGAGUACACCUUCGCAUACUGCGGCGUGCUCGCCUGCCAGGGCCCCCCGUUCGAGUGGGUGAGCGCGCACCGCGUGCACCACCGCUGGUGCGACAAACCCGAGGAUGUCCAUACGCCCUAUGAGGGGUUCUGGUACAGCCACGCCGGCUGGCUGCUCGAUAAUGAGGCACUUAACGCCAGGCUGGAGGGGAAGAACAACAUCUACGAUCUGACCAAGGACCCGUUCUACCAGUUCAUCGACAAGACCUACGUGUGGCACAUCGUCGCGUCCGUCGCCGCGCUCUACGCGCUCGGUGGCUUCCCGUUCGUCGUCUGGGGCUGGGCUCUGCGCCUAGUGUGGGUGUACCACAUCACGUGGUUCGUGAAUUCCGCGUCGCACGUGUGGGGCGACCAGCCGUGGAACACGGGCGACCUCUCCCGCAACAACUGGUGGGUGGGCAUUCUGGCAUUCGGCGAGGGCUGGCACAACAACCACCACGCGUUCGAGUACUCGGCGCGCCACGGUCUGGAGUGGUGGCAGAUCGAUAUGACGUGGUACACCCUCAAGCUGCUGGAAGCCGUCGGAUUGGCCACCAAUCUGAGGUAUCCGCGUGAGAAGCACAUGAAGAAGCUCGCGUACCCCGAUUCGCCCCUCGCCAAGUCCUGA